AUGGAGCCGAUCACAUCCGAGCAGUCGGCCACCGUGGACGACUUGGUGGAGGCGUGCAUUCAAGCCUUUGAUGAAAAGGGGGUGUUGUCUGACCCUUCCCUGGUGCGUAUGUUCCUCAUGAUGCACCCUUGGUAUAUCCCGUCGACGGACAUGGCUGCAAAGUUGAUGCAAAAAUCGCAACAGGAGGGCUGCACGGCGGAACGUCGAAGCAGAAUAUGCCACCUUGUAAAGUACUGGAUCUCCGAGUUUCCAGCUGAGUUCAAUCUAAACCCAGCGCUUACCGAUCAGAUCAAGGACUUUAAAGAUCUCCUAAGUACGGAGGGAAACGAGCGCCAGAGCAAGCUCAUUGACCUCGAGAGCGUGCCGUCUUAUGAAUGGAAGCGUCAGGUGACUCAGCGUGUUCCGUCCGUUUCCAAAAAGCGGAAAAUGUCGUUGCUCUUUGACCACCUUGACUCCUGCGAACUGGCUGAGCAUCUGACCUAUCUGGAGUACAAAUCUUUCUGCAAGAUUUUGUUUCAGGAUUACCACAGUUUUGUGAUGCACGGCUGCACGGUGGAUAACCCCGUACUGGAACGUUUCAUCACGCUUUUUAACAGCGUCUCACAGUGGAUCCAGCUUAUGGUGCUCAGUAAGCCGACGGCGACUCAGAGAGCUUCGGUCAUCUCGCACUUUAUCAGAGUCGCGCAGAAACUGCUGCAGCUGCAGAACUUCAACACGCUGAUGGCGGUGGUGGGCGGGCUCAGCAACAGCUCCAUUUCUCGCCUCAAAGACACCCAGGCGCAUAUCAGUGCUGAAAGCAACAAGGUUUUUAACAGUCUCAUCGAGCUGGUGACGUCGUGCGGGAACUACAGCCAGUACAGAAAGCGCUUUUCGGAAAGCUCCGGCUUCCGAUUCCCCAUCCUGGGUGUGCACUUGAAGGAUCUAAUCGCCGUGCACGUGGCACUGCCGGACUGGAGCGACAAGGAGAAGAUGCGGGUCAACCUGGUCAAAACCCAACAGCUGUACAUCAUCUUACAGGAGUUGGCACUGAUACAGAACACGCCGCCCAACGUGGACGCCAAUACUGACCUGCUGAACCUGUUGACAGUAUCUUUGGACCAGUAUCACACAGAGGAAGAGAUCUACCAGAUGUCUCUGCAGAGGGAACCUCGCAAAUCAGCGAACUCUAACACCGCUCCAGCUCCUGACCCCAAGUCCACCGUGAUUGAUGAGUGGGCCGUGUCGGUGAAGCCCAACGCAGACCCGACGGUCAUUAAGGCGCACAUAGAGAAGAUGGUGGAGUCAGUCUUCAAGAACUUCGAUACGGACGGUGACGGGCACAUAUCCAGGGAUGAGUUUGAGGCCAUCAGGAACAACUUUCCCUACCUCAGCAAGUUUGGAGAACUGGACAAGAACCAGGACGGCCAAAUCAGCAGGGAGGAGAUGAUCGAGUACUUCAUGAGGGCCAGCUCGCUUCUCAACUGCAAGAUGGGAUUCAUUCACACCUUCACCGAGGCCACUUAUGUCAAGCCCACCUUCUGCGAGCACUGCGCUGGCUUUAUCUGGGGCUUCUAUAAGCAGGGUUAUAAGUGUAAAGCCUGCGGGGUCAACUGCCACAAGGCCUGCCGGAGCCGCCUGGCCGUCGAGUGCCGGAAGAGAACCAAGAGCAUCAGUCACGAGACGCCGCCCGCUCUUCAAGCCAGAUCCUACAGCUUCCCGCCACCUGCCAACCCUCCGUCUAGCCUCCAGAACAAUGUAAUUGCUGAAGAAGAUUUGGAGGCAGUAGAAGAGGGAGUGUUUGACGUUCACCUAUAA